AUGAAGGAGCUGCACUGUAUUCCUGAAGUCGAUGGGUUGAGUUAUGAGGAUUUGUGUAUCCAUCCAAAUAUGGACCUCUCAGAAAGGUUUAAAGUGCCGAGGUUCAACACUUUUGGAGGAAUCGAAAAUCCAUUGGCUCAUCUGAGAGCUUAUUGUGACCAACUCGUAAGAGUUGGCAGGAAUGAAGCCUUGUUAAUGCAGCUCUUUAACUGGAGUUUAAGUGGAGAAGCGUUGAAAUGGUUUACCACUCAUGAGAUAAAACAAUGGUCUAGACGGAAUGCACUGGCUAAAGAUUUCGUCGAACGGUUCGCCUACAAUGUGGAGAUCGUUCUUGAUCGCUAUUUUCUAGAGAGAAUUAAGCGGAAAUCCCCUGAAAGUUAUCGUGAAUAUGCGUAUAGGUGGAGGAAAGAGGCCGCCCGGGUUCGACCUCCUAUUUUUGAGAAAGAGAUCGUUGAAAUGUUUAUAAUCAUUCAAGAGCAAGAGUAUCAUGACAGGAUAAUGUUGCUCAUUGGAGAAAAAUUUGCGGAGAUAGUCAAGGUAGGUGAGGCUAUCGAAGAUGGGAUUAAAACUGGAAAGAUUUCUCGCGUUGCCGCCUCAAUCGAAUCUUCAGGAUUGUUGAAAAAGAAGAGAGAUGACAUGUCUUCUAUUUCUUGCGCAUUGAUGGAAAAGGACACUUCAGAAAAUCCUCACCUUACAAAGGUCAUUCUCGAGCUCCACAAAAUUCAUAUCUAG